CCGCUGUCUUCCACGGAAUCGUCUACAUACCUAUUUGUAAACAAAUAUUUAAUACUAAUACACGUGUAUGUACUUCUAUUAAUACACAUUAUGUUAUGUUCUUUUAAUACUAUUCCCUGGAAUGUACAUUGCACAUAAUUAUCGGUUAAAUUGGGCUACGAUAGUCGAUUAUGCGAUAACGUACAUUACAUAUUGCAUUUGAUCACUAAUAACGCGUAUAUCUAUUUAGUCUUCUGUCUACCAUCGACUAGAACUUUGUGCGUUUCGCGUGUGAAAAAAUGAGUGAAAAAAGAAAAAAAGUGCUAUUGUCAAUUCAAGACAAACUUGAAUUGAUUAACGAUAUUAAAAAGGGUACGUCGAAAAAACAAAUAAGCUUGAAGUAUGGAAUAGGAGAAAGCACCGUUAGAGACAUUUUUAAACAGAAAGAUAAAUUAAUGAAAUUCGCGUCCGCAUCUGACAACAACUCAUCAAUGAAAAAAAGAAAAACCAUGAAAACUAGCACUUAUAAAGAAUUAGAUGCGGCUCUUUUACAGUGGAUAAAUCAAGUUAGAAGUGAGGGAACUCCUGUUUCAGGACCUAUUGUUUCUGCAAAAGCAAAACAGUUUUUUGAAAUGUUAGGUUUAGAAGGGAAAUUUGACGCGUCAUCAGGGUGGUUGACAAGGUUUAAAAAACGCCACGGAAUAAGAGAAAUUGGAAUUAACGGCGAUAAAUUAAGUUGCGAUGAACAGGCAGCGGAAGAUUUCAAAAUUAAAUUUGAACAGUUUCUUCAAAAAGAGAAAAUAUCAUAUGAACAAUUGUAUAGCGCUGAUGAGUCGGGGCUGUUUUGGAAAUGUUUGCCAACACGAACACUUGCAUUUGAAAGCGAGCGGCACGCACCAGGACAUAAAAGCAGUAAAGAACGCCUAACCAUAAUGACGUGCAGCAAUGCAACAGGUUCUCAAAAAUUAAAACUGGUAGUGAUUGGUAAAUCCAAAAAACCGAGAUCUUUUAAAGGAACCAGAGCUGAAAACCUUCCCGUACACUACUUUAACCAAAAAAAAGCCUGGAUAAAUCAAGAAAUAUUUAAAGAGUGGUUUGAAAAAAAAUUUAUUCCCCAAGUAAGAGAACAUCUCAAGUCUCAAAACUUACCUCAGAAAGCUGUACUGCUUAUUGAUAAUGCCCCAUCCCACCCAGUAAACUUGAAAUCGGAAGAUGGAAAUAUUUUUGUCAAAUUUUUGCCUCCUAAUGUCACAGCUCUCAUCCAACCAAUGGACCAGGGGGUAAUUGCUUCUAUAAAAAAAAAUUAUAGAACAAGUUUGCUUAAAAAAAGAAUUGAAGAGGGCAAUGAUCUUAAAAGUUUUUGGAAAGAUUACACAAUUCUUGAUAGCAUUUAUGACAUAAAUACUGCUUGGGGGUUAGUUAAGCAAACUACGUUAGUCAAGUCUUGGAGAAAAAUUUUACCGUGUGUGGAAAAUACUUUGAUAGAGGAAGAAGAAGAAGUGUCUGCUUUUGAUUUGGCUAAUUUUUCUAAAUCUCUUACUGGAGGAGAGAAUUUUGACGAAGAAAACAUUAAUGAGUGGAUAAAUUGUGAUGCCAAUGAUCCAGGAUUUGAGCGUCUUAGUGAUGAACAAAUAGUAAGUGGAGCAUUAGAUACAGUUUCGGAAAGUGAAGGUGAAGAAGAAGAAAACGAUGAAAUAAAUGAUGUAAAGCAAGUGAGCCAUGAAGAAGCUCUAAAACAUAUAGACGGGAUCAUUAAAUAUCUAGAAGAACAAGACGAUACAACUCUGUGUGACAAAAUGUUAUUAAAAAAACUUCAAUCACAAGUUAAAAAGAAGAGUUUUCAAACAAAGAAACAAAAACUUUUGACUGAUUUUUUUAAUUAAUUAUUUAUUCAUUUAACAUUUAUUUAAAUAUUAAAUAUUAUUUAUUUUAAUAAUUUAUAUUUAUUAUUAUAAAUAUAUUGUGAAUAAAUUUAAAUAAAUUCAAUUUCAACUUAGUUUUUAUUGUAAAAUUUAAUUUUGCGGAUUAUCCGCGGAAUUCGUUUAUCCGUGGAUGUCCUGCCACCCUAUUCCACGGAUAAUCGGGAGUUUACU